AUGGAAAAUGUACUUACAACACUAGCGCUUUCUGGAGGUACUGUCGUCGACCGCACUGUACUCUUGGAGGCUUUGUUUCAGACACUGAUCUCAUCUGCUCCUCCCCUUGAUCCUUUACUUGUUUUUAAUUCUAAUCACCAUACCCAUGCAUCUUCAUCUCAUUCUUCAAAUGUACCCUCUGUAUUUCUAGCAAGUCUGGUCGGAAAAGCUGCAUUGAGCUAUGCCCAAGGUAUUGCGGUCAAGCGUAUAUCUAGCUUUCUUCAAUCCCGAGUUGAAUCUACAAGUCAAAACCUUGCUCAUUCAACCUCGACAAAAAAGAAACUUUAUAAACCAGGAUUCGACCAUUAUAGAGAUUCUAGCGAUAACAACGGUGAUGCUUAUUCAGAUUGCACUACUCCUGCAUCCUUUAAAACACCAUCUAGUCCUUAUCCAAUCCUUGAAGUGGCAACUCAAACAGAAGAACGUUUUAAACUUUUGCGCCAACUACAACAACGGCUUGAACACAAGCUUGCCUUGUUGACACCUGCUAUAGAUCUAUGCGAAUGGGCAGCUGCCAGAGGUCACUCUGUACUAGAGUCUAUACUAACACUUUCAAACGAUCUCAAUGCAUCACUCGAUACCUUGAGUCAGGAUUUCGCUGCAUUGCCUCUUGACAAACCAGAUGUAGUGCUAUUGGAUGCCAUUGUGGAAACGUUUCAGGAUGUUUUGCAGCAAGUAGACAAUCUAGUUCCAUUUGUGCAAAUGGGCUUGCAGAUAUCAGGCGUGCAGUUUGGAAACAGAGUGCCUGUUGGGGUAUCACCAGUUUUGCUCAUGCGAGCUUCUGCCGCCCUGACACGGAUUAAUGAUGAAGCUCAGUCGCAAGAACUGGCAAAAUCACAGCAGCCAUUAGAUUCAAUCGCUCUUGGUCAGUCAGGUUUAUCUACAAAGGAUACAAGUCCGAUUGCUGGAAAGGAAAAAGAAAAGGCAUCAAAGCCAGAGUCAGAUAUACACAAGCAUGCUUUAUCCACGGACAUGCCAAAAUCGUUUAUACCAGGUCCGACAAUCAAUAUCAAACUAUAUACUUUGUUUGAAGGCUCAUCACGAUCACGAACAGUGGUAGAUUGGACAUGGAAGGAAGAGUAUCCAAAGUGUCGUGCACGACUCUGUCGUCAUCCAACAGAAUUCAAUUACUCGUUGCAUUUAGAUCAAGAUUUAAACGAUGGACGGUUUCACGAUCCAGAAGAAUCUACGGCCACACCAUCGACUCUUGAUCAAAACUCAAAGUUUAUACAAGGUGGCAAAAGACAUAUCUCUCUUGAACAUAUACAGCGACUGUUUUAUACCAAUUCUGGAAAACUGCUAAAUAUUGAAGAUGCAAGUAUGCCAGUGCUUGUGCUUAAAGUGGUUGAGCCUCGAUAUAGCGAAAAUAGAAAAUCAGAUAUACCCAUCACACCAAAUGAUGUGGACUCUGCAAAUGACUUUGGCCAAUCUGGUGGUACAGAGUUGAAACCAAGAGUUCUGUGGCUGGCUUUGGAGCUGUUUGAUACUACUGUAAAUACGGAUGAUGAUGCUGCAACAGAGAGUGUGUGCGAUGCUUCAAGUUGCACUGGUAGCGAGGUUGAUGAUGAGUCAGAUGUGGAAUCGUUGUCAGGUCAUGUUCAGGAUCUGGAUAUUGGAAGCCAGAUCACUCCUAAAAAUAAAACUAAAGAGUCUUGGCACACACCUGUACGUGGAUCGACACGCAAACCACUUGCUGCUGCAACUACUGAUGGUGGAAAACCCUCACAGUCUCUAGGAAAAUACUUGAACUCUUCUGUUAGCAGAUGUGGACACACUUUGGCAACGCCAAUCAAUAACCAGAGAAUAGCAGCGGAGAUGGAUAAUAAUGCCUCAAAACAGCAUGUGCUCGGAGAACUUUGCUUCUUAGAAUACUUGCUUCGGUUAGCGUCGCUAGAACAAUCGCAGGCAACAUCGCAUUUAAAUGUAUCUGACGAGAAACUGUAUUUUUUUUUGAUGAACGAAGCAACAGGCGGAAACAAUACUAGCAAUACAUACUCGUUUACGCAAAAUCCACCAUCGCAACAGCAGCAAUGUCAGGGCACAUUGACACAUGCAGGCGGGGCUGGAAUUGCUGCCAUGGCAAGUGCGAGUGGUGAUGUACCUAUUCAUGCAACAGUAAGAAAACAACCACGAUCAGCACCUUAUCGUAGAGAUUUGGGACUAUAUGAACGACAAGAGUUGCAAUCCUCUCCAUUAGCAAGUAAAACUACUGCUCCGACCACAAGAUUUGUAGAUAAGCUUCGUGAGGUGUAA